CUGGCAGCCCGCGGCCGGGCCGGACCCGGAGCGGCGGGAGGGGCGGGGUGCUGCGGCCGCGCCGGGCGCCUCCCACCCCGCCCUCGGCGCCCCCGCCCCUCCAGGAAGGGGAGGAGGCGAGGGGAGCCCGCCGCCGAGGCCGACGAGCCCCCCGCCCAGCCUGGGGUCCCCUGCCCAUGAGGUGGACGCCCCCCGGGAGCCCUCGGGUGCGGAGCCAGGCGCGAAGGUCUUGAGUCAGAGCACCAGCCUUGGGGACCCUGGACCACUGUCAUGGAGACUGAGAGUGAGCAGAACUCCAACUCCACCAAUGGGAGUUCCAGCUCUGGGGGCAGCUCUCGGCCCCAAAUAGCUCAAAUGUCACUGUAUGAACGGCAAGCAGUGCAGGCUCUGCAGGCACUGCAGCGUCAGCCCAAUGCGGCUCAGUAUUUCCACCAGUUCAUGCUCCAGCAGCAGCUCAGCAAUGCCCAGCUGCAUAGCCUGGCUGCCGUCCAGCAGGCCACCAUUGCUGCCAGUCGGCAAGCCAGCUCCCCAAACACCAGCACCGCGCAGCAGCAGACUGCCACCACCCAGGCCUCAAUCAAUCUGGCCACCACGUCGGCCGCCCAGCUCAUCAGCCGAUCCCAGAGUGUGAGCUCUCCCAGUGCUACCACUUUGACCCAAUCUGUGCUACUGGGGAACACCACCUCCCCACCCCUCAACCAGUCCCAGGCUCAGAUGUAUCUACGGCCACAGCUGGGAAACCUAUUGCAGGUAAACCGGACCCUGGGCCGGAAUGUGCCUCUAGCCUCCCAGCUCAUCCUGAUGCCUAACGGGGCAGUGGCUGCAGUCCAGCAGGAGGUGCCAUCUGCUCAGUCUCCGGGAGUUCAUGCAGAUGCAGAUCAGGUGCAGAACUUGGCAGUGAGGAACCAACAGGCCUCAGCCCAAGGCCCUCAAAUGCAAGGCUCUACUCAGAAGGCCAUUCCUCCUGGAGCAUCCCCUGUCUCUAGCCUCUCCCAGGGUUCCAGCCAGGCCCUAGCUGUGGCUCAGGCUUCCCCUGGGGCCUCAGGCCAGUCCCUCAACCUUAGUCAAGCUGGUGGAAGCAGUGGAAAUAGCAUCCCAGGGUCCAUGGGUCCAGGCGGAGGUGGCCAGGCGCCUGGAGGCUUGGGUCAGUUGCCUACCUCAGGAAUGGGGGGUGGUGGGAGCUGUCCCAGGAAGGGCACAGGAGUGGUGCAGCCCUUGCCUGCAGCCCAAACAGUGACUGUGAGUCAGGGCAGCCAGACAGAGGCAGAAAGUGCGGCAGCUAAGAAGGCAGAAACGGAUGGGACUGGUCAGCAGAACGUGGGCAUGAACCUGACACGGACAGCUACACCUGCUCCCAGCCAGACCCUUAUUAGCUCAGCCACCUACACACAGAUCCAGCCCCAUUCCCUGAUUCAGCAACAGCAACAGAUCCACCUCCAGCAGAAACAAGUGGUGAUCCAGCAGCAGAUUGCCAUCCACCACCAGCAACAGUUCCAGCACCGUCAAUCGCAGCUACUCCACACAGCCACACACCUCCAGUUGGCCCAGCAGCAGCAGCAGCAGCAACAGCAGCAGCAGCAGCAGCAGCAGCAAGCCACAACCCUCUCUGCCCCUCAGCCACCACAGGUCCCACCUACUCAGCAGGUCCCACCUUCCCAGUCCCAGCAGCAAGCCCAAACCCUGGUUGUUCAACCCAUGCUUCAAUCUUCACCCUUGUCCCUCCCACCUGACCCAACUCCCAAGCCACCCAUCCCUCUCCAAUCCAAACCACCUAUAGCACCGAUCAAGCCUCCUCAGUUAGGACCUGCUAAGAUGUCAGCUUCCCAGCAACCACCACCCCAUAUCCCUGUGCAAGUUGUGGGCACUCGACAGCCAGGUACAGCCCAGGCACAGGCUUUGGGGUUGGCACAGCUGGCAGCUGCUGUGCCUGCUUCCCGGGGGAUGCCAGGUACAAUGCAGCCUGGUCAGGCCCAUUUGGCCUCUUCGCCACCAUCAUCCCAGGCUCCUGGUGCACUGCAGGAGUGCCCUUCCACACUGACCUCUGGGAUGACCCUUGCUCCUGUGCAGGGGACAGCACAUGUAGUAAAGGGUGGGGCUACCGCCUCCUCACCUGUUGUAGCCCAGGUCCCUGCUGCCUUCUACAUGCAGUCUGUGCACCUGCCGGGCAAGCCCCAGACAUUGGGUGUGAAACGCAAGGCUGAGUCUGAGGAGGAAAGAGAUGAUGUCUCCACAUUGGGUUCAAUGCUUCCUGCCAAGGCAUCUCCGGUAGCAGAGAGCCCAAAGGUCAUGGAGGAGAAGAGCAGUUUUGGAGAGAAAGUUGAAUCAGUGACCAGUGUGAAUGCUAAUACCCCAAACAGUGAACUAAUAUCCUUGGCACCUGCGCCAUCAGCACCACCUCCUACACUAGCCAUGGUGUCCAGACAGAUGGGCGACUCAAAACCCCCACAGGCCAUUGUGAAGCCUCAGAUUCUCACCCACAUCAUUGAAGGCUUCGUCAUCCAGGAAGGAGCAGAACCUUUCCCGGUGGGUUGUUCUCAGUUACUGAAAGAGUCUGAGAAGCCUCUACAGACUGGCCUCCUGACAGGGCUGAAUGAGAACCAGUCAUGUGGCCCCUUGGGAGGGGACAGCCCAUCUGCUGAGCUAGAUAAGAAGGCCAAUCUCCUGAAGUGCGAAUACUGUGGGAAGUACGCCCCUGCAGACCAGUUUCGAGGCUCCAAGAGAUUCUGCUCCAUGACUUGUGCCAAGAGGUAUAAUGUGAGCUGUAGCCACCAGUUUCGGCUGAAGAGAAAAAAAAUGAAAGAGUUUCAAGAAGCCAAUUAUGCUCGUGUUCGUCGGCGUGGACCCCGCCGCAGCUCCUCUGACAUCGCCCGUGCCAAGAUCCAGGGCAAGCGACACCGGGGUCAAGAGGACUCUAGCCGGGGUUCAGAUAAUUCCAGUUAUGAUGAAGCACUCUCCCCAACAUCUCCUGGGCCGUUAUCAGUGAGAGUGGGGCAUGGAGAUCGAGACCUGGGGAACCCCAAUACAGCUCCACCUACCCCAGAAUUACACGGCAUCAACCCUGUGUUCCUGUCCAGCAAUCCCAGCCGUUGGAGUGUAGAGGAGGUGUAUGAGUUUAUCGCUUCUCUACAAGGCUGUCAAGAGAUUGCAGAGGAGUUUCGUUCCCAGGAGAUUGAUGGACAGGCCCUUUUAUUACUUAAAGAGGAACAUCUUAUGAGUGCCAUGAACAUCAAGCUGGGCCCAGCCCUCAAGAUCUGCGCCAAGAUCAACGUCCUCAAGGAGACCUAAGGUGGCCUUCUUGCACAAAGCAGCCUAAGGCAGACACUCCCCACUGUCCAGGCUAUAACCUGCCUGGUGCCCGCAGACUUUACAGGGAAUAAAUAACUUUUCCAAUUACAUAAAUCUGUGGAGGGGAUUUCUAAGACAGGGAAAGAAUGUGCAAGAAUUGGUUGCUGGUGCUACAUGGUGGAGCUUGGACAUUUUCUCUGGGUUCUACUUUAUUUUCUAAAAUCUUUACAGUUCUUACCAUUUUCACCUACCCUAAUCCAAUCUUUAUAAAAAUGAACUCUAUAGAGAACUAGUACUGCUCAGCCUUUUUCUGGAGUGGGGUAGCCAGGGUCUUAGUUCUCCAAUAAGAUACAGUAUGGCAAGGCAAGGCAAUGGGUGGAAGGUAGGUGUACCUCCCCAAUGGGAGGAGGGGGGGUCUUCUAGCUUGACACAAGCGGUAAAAUCCAAUACUCCCUCUGGAUUGUCGGACUGUAGCUAUGGCCCAGUUUUCUUUGUCAUCAUCCACUCCCUUACUAUUGAACAUUUUCUCCUCCAUCCAUGGCAGGCUCACCAGCUAGUGUAGGCACUUGGCUGGCAUCAUUCUGAUUUGCUGCAGGGACUAAGUGUUUGGCACACAUGUGGCUGUCGUCAUUCUUCCUGUAUCCUCCCUACUCCCUUCCAAUUUAUCUGAUGUCUUCUACCUUUUUAGUUCCAACUCUGCUGUGUCCAAUAGCUUUAUAAAACAGGAGUGUGUGGAGCUGAGGUCAGGAGGAUAAAUGCCUGCCUUAGGCGCUAUUCCUUAUACAACAAAAAUAUUCAGUAUUUUUUUCCUCUUCAGUAAAAGGAUAAAAAUUGGUCUCAGUUGUCUCUUACUCUAAUCCAGUGUCUUUAGUCUCUACCUUCUUUCACACAAAUGACUAGGCCAAUAUGUGUUUUUUUUUUUUUUAAUCUUUCAAGUGUUUUUGUACAAAAAUGUUAGGGUUUGUUUUUUUUUUCAUUUUUAAAACACUAGAGUGUGGGGAGGGGUGUGAACAAAUAACAAAAAGAUGUUUUCUGUAACAUUAUUUUCCCUGUUUAUAAAGAAAAAAGUCAUUCCAACAGUAUUUAAAAGUCCAAGGAUGAAAUAAUAUCAUUUUCUCCUCUAAGGCUAUAAAAGGCCCCUGCCUGUUGAUUCCAUCCUCUGGUGCCCUGUGGAGCCAGGUUACUCUUCAAUGGCACAGGUUCACUAUUAAAUAAAGAUCAGGCCAGGUUUCUGGGCACAUGGCCUAAAUAGAAAGGUGGAGAGCAUUAAAAACUCCCCACAGAAAUGUGGGCAAGAAGAUACUUCCCUGAGCCAGAAGCAGGGACAGGCAUAGUAGAAUCCCACGCCUAGAGCAGAGAAUGCAGAGCCCUAGAUGUCCUGCUUCUACCUCCAUUCCCUUUCCAGAAGAUUGAAAAAAUAGUCAAAAUGACAAGCCUGUGAAGAAAGUGCUACCUGUUUAGAAACACUGGUAAGAAAGGCUUUACCAACUUUUACUCCAAGUGGGAGAGAUCACUUUCAGUUUCCCUGUUUAACGAUCAGACCUGUGGGUUAGGCAUUUUGGCUACAUGUGAACUAGUAACUACAAGACCACAAUCCAGGGCCAAUUCCAGCUACAAAGUUACUAAAAUGCCAAUGAAUGAUGUGAUGGUACCUUAUACUCCUCUAACUGGGAAAUUUCACUUUUUCCCAUCCUAACCCCACAGGUGGGAGAAGCAGGUCUACCACAUCCCCAGGUUCAGACCAAAUGACUACUUGGACUACAACCAAGUAUUGACUGCAAAGCAGUUCCAAGCAGCAGGAACUUACAUGCAAAUUCUCAUGGAGACUAUGAGCAUGAAAGCAAUCAAACCUUGUAUAAAUAAUGUUUCUUUCCUUUUUUUU